AUGACAGCAGAUGUGGUACAUGAUACUAUUCCUAACAACUCUGAUAAGGAGAAGACUGCACAAGAUCAGGGCGGAGCAAAGAAUCAAAUGAAACGCAUAGAGAAUGGUUCAGAAAAUCCUAUCAAUGUGGUGACAGACCUGGAAAAUCAACCACUGAACCAAGAAGAGAGUGAUCUGCUGAGUAAAGAGCGUGAAGAGAAUGAGAGUGUAUCUCUAAAGGACCCUGAACAGCCACUAAUCACUGGGGAAGAGAACAAUGAGAAAGAAAUGCCACCUGAUGAAUGGGCAGAGGGAGACUCCACUGAGGAGAAUACUUCAGAUGAAUCAUCAGACGAAUCUCUAGAAGAAGAGGAGGAAAGUCAGCAUGUCAUCACCAGCAAAAAAAAGAAGGAGGCCACCGAUAAUAAAGGGGAUCAUGGUAUGGAUAAAGACCCUGAUUUCAUACCCAGCUUGAACCAACAGAGUAGUAAACAUGGAUGUGCAGUAAACAACAGUAAUAAAAUUUGGAUUUUCUGGAGUGCUGACCUGAUCUGUGAAGUGUAUGCUAAUGAUGAUCAGAUGCUCACUUGCAAAAUUCAUAACGCUAGUAAUAACUCUUUUAUUUAUCUAUCGGUGGUUUAUGCUAAAUCCAGAUCUCGGGCUAGAGAACAGCUUUGGGAUCACAUGAGAGCUUUUGCCUCUACUAUCAGUAAUCCUUGGAUGGUUUGUGGGGACUUUAACAGUAUCUUAGGUCCUGAAGAGAAACUUGGAGGCACGGCCUAUAAACUGAGCAAAAGUUUGAAUUUCAUAGAAUGUCUAACUGACUGCGGGCUUGUAGACAUGGGUUAUAGUGGAAACGCUUUUACUUGGUGCAAUGAGAGGAAAAUGGAGGAUAUCAUCUGGAAAAGAUUAGACAGAAUGGUUGCUAAUGAUGAGAUGGGAUCUAUGUUCUCCUCCAUCUCUGUCCAACAUCUUGCUAGGGAAGAUUUUCAAGAUAUCGUCAAUGAGCAAUGGAAUAAGACUAUCGAUGGUAAUAUAUUUUGGUCAAUUCAGCAGAAAAUGAAAAGAGUGAGCAAAGCCAUCAGUGAAUGGUCAAGGAAUAAGAUCGGUGACAUAUUCUUUAAAGCUAAUCAAUUGGAGGACUCUGUCUCUCAAUGUGAGGAGAAAUAUAUGAAUACUUUGGACCAAACUGACAGAAUGCUCCUAAAUAAGGCUAAGGCUGAUUUGGUUCUUCAUCAUAAAAAGGUGGAUGCUUAUUGGAGACAGAAAGCCCACCUCGAGUGGCAACUUGAGGGUGACGAAAAUACUAAAUUCUUUCACUCGGUGGUAAGGGGAAGAAGGCACCAUAUGAGGAUCCAAAGAAUUAAAUGUGGUGAGGAAUGGCUAGAAGAAGAAGAGAAUAUUGCUAAAGCUGCUAUUGACUUCUACCGGAACCUAUUUUCCCAAAAUCACACUUACAUUGACCUCAGCAUCCUGGACUGCAUUCCUAAUCUUGUCACCUGUGAGGACAACCAAAUGCUCAAAGAGGAAAUAUCUAGCAAAGAGGUUAAAGAUGCCAUUUUUGAUAUCGAUCCUAAUAGCUCUGCAGGACCUGAUGGUUUUUCCAGCCUAUUUUUCCAGAAGUGUUGGAGUAUAGUUGAGCAGGACUUGGUCAGCAUGGUGAAGGCGGUUUAUAAUGGCACACCCAUGCCUAAGUACUUCACCAGCACAUGUCUUAUUCUGAUUCCCAAAUCCCAGCAUCCUCAGGAAUUCUCAGAGUUCAGGCCAAUUAGUCUCAGCAAUGUGACUCACAAGAUUGUUUCUAAAGUUCUUAAUAACAGGCUUUCCAAGAUCCUUCCUAAGAUUAUCUCCUUUAACCAAAGUGGUUUCAUGAAAGGAAGGGCCAUAGGUGAGAAUGUACUCCUAGCACAAGAAAUUGUUCAUGAUAUAAGAAAGCCUAACAAAGGAGGAAAUGUGGUGAUAAAGCUGGACAUGAGCAAGGCUUAUGACAAGAUUUCCUGGAAUUUCAUUUGUGCUGUAAUGAGGAGAAUGGGCUUCAAUGAGCAUUGGAUUUUCAUCAUUUGGAAUCUGAUGUCCAAUGCCUGGUUUGGCCAUCAGGAGACCCAGGAGCACCUGUUCCAUGACAGCAUGAUCAGCAAAAAUGUAUGGAAGCAUUUCCAUCAGAUUUUUGGCAUCAAAGAAGGAGGGGGAAGCAUCAGGCAGAGGCUGCUCUCAUGGUGGCUAACGAAGGAGAAGAAUCCUGUCCAGCAAAUGGUUCUACAAAUCAUACCCAGCAUCAUCUUAUGGCAGAUCUGGAAAGAACGUUGCAAAAGCAGAUUCGAAGAUAUCAAGAUGUCCAAGACUAGAGUAAUAAGCAACACUUGUCAACAGACGAUACUAUUGGUCCACAAGCAAUUCAAUACAAUCAAUCCUUUCAUACACUGGAGCAAUCUCAUGGAAAUUAUUGAACAUGCACAUCCUCUCUUCAAAACAGUCGCUGUUAAAUGGAACGUCCCUAGACCUGAGAUAUUAAAACUGAACUCAGAUGGAUGCUCGAAAGGGAACCCAGGUCCCAGCGGAGGGGGUGGAUUAAUUCGGGAUCAAAGGGAAAUAUUGUUAUCGCCUAUGCUAUGCCUCUUGGUAAUACUACUAACAAUAUGGCUGAGUGGAUCAACCGGAAAGUCGAAACCUCCAUGGACUUUGUUGGACAUGGUGGAACUGAUUCAACGCAAUCUUGAAUCUAUUCAAGACAAAUCACUUCAUCACAUCUACAGAGAAUGCAACAAGCCUGCGGACAGCCUUGCCAACUGGGGACUGAGCCGUAGACACACCAUAUGGAUGAACAACUUUCAAGAACUACCAAGAGAAACAAGAGGAGAGCUGAAAGUUGACAAAAUGCAAAUACCAUCUUUUAGGAAUUCCAUUGUUAAAAACUCUUUGUGCAUGUAUAGAUCAAUGUAUAGGAAUUUCCUGUUUGAUGUGCCUUGA